CAAGGUUGUAAACCAGAGGGAGCAUUGUCUCAACUACAGGAGGAACGAACGAGGAUAUCAAAUCGAGAAUCGGGAAGGCGAGAAACAUAUUCAUCAACCUGAAACCAAUAUGGAAAUCUUCGUCACUCAGCAUCAACAACGAAAUUCGGAUCUUCAAUACAAACGUCAAUGCUGAUCGUGGACUGGCCACCUAACCUUGUGCACAGUAACCACGUAUAUAUACAAAUGUGUUUGACAAGAUUAGUCAUUAUUUUACUCAGUGUUUUGACUGAGAUUUCUGUCCAAGAAGCACAUGUAUCGAAUAAGCCUUCAACUGAUUCCCGUGGUUACCACCUGAAUAAUGACCUCCGACAUCUACACAUUUUGUUUCGACAUGGUGACCGGUCUCCUAUAGUUGACAUACCUGCUAUCUUGCCGAACUUUUCAUCCGUGUGGUCACAGGGCUUUGGUCAACUUACAGAUGAGGGUAUUCAGCAGCACUUCGUGCUUGGUAGAUGGUUACGGUCAAAGUAUAGUGGAUUCAUUCCCGAUAAAUAUAAUGGUUCCGAUUAUUAUGUACGUAGCACAGAUGUUGACAGAACUCUUAUGUCAGCAAUGGCUAAUUCAGCUGGGUUUUAUAACUUAUCUCAUUCCCCUCUGGCUAAUUAUGGUGUAAAUUGGUCUCCUGUACCUGUGCACACGAAACCUCAAGUAACUGAUGCACUUCUAGGUAUUUCACCGUGUCCUCUUCGGGAUAAAUUACAACGAGAACAAAUGAAUAGUGUUUCAUCUGUUGAAUUUGAAAGUCAACAUUCUAAAUUGUUUAACAAACUUACCAGUGUGUAUAAGAUUGGUCAAGUUAACCGUCAUAAUGUUUGGGAAAUUUCUGAUUUAAUCACUUGUAUGCUUGCUCAUAAUCUUACUCUUCCUGAGUGGUGUACGAAAGAAUUACUAGAUGAAUUACACGAAGUCUCACAAUUUUAUUGGGUGCAAAAGUUCGCUUCAUCAAGUGAUAUAAUCCGAUUAGAGAUCGGUGUCUUCUUAGACUCAUUUGUCAAACAUAUACGUUCGGUCAUUUAUGGUGGAAAUCUAAACAUGACUGAAGGACACACCCUGUCAACUAAUCACAUAAUGGUUUAUUCAGCACACGACACCGACGUAACCUAUUUAUUAGCUGGUCUCGGUGUUUAUGACAAUCAAACUAUCAAUUAUGCUUCAACUGUGAUUCUGGAAUUAUAUGGUCCAGAGAAAUCGAAUAAAGAAAGUGACUACCGUCUUAAAUUGUUAUACAAGAAAGGUUGGACUGAUGACAAAGGUGAAUAUUUAACAUUCCCCGCGUGUAAAGGUCAACCGGGUACUUCUGGUUGUCCUGUCAAUCUUGUAUUUGAACAGAUUAAACCAUUGUUAAUAGAUCGUGAAAGUUUUUACAAUUUAUGUUCGUUGAAUCAACCAGACAAUUCUUAUCGAAUACACCCCGUUUUACUUGUGCUUCUUGGUGCAUUGAUUUCCACUGUUGUAUUGCUUAUGUUAUUUUGGUAUUAUACAUUCCGAAGACGUCGUUAUCACAAUCUAGAUGCAAUGGAACAACCGGUUUUGUAGAUAAACAAAUAGUGGAAAACGAGCAAAAAAUAUGAUACAUUUACGAUUUGAAAAAAAACAAACAGUUAGUAGUGAGGAACUCCCUCUCUCUCUCAUUUUUUUGUAUUCCUUAUCCUACGAUUAUUGUCCAAACAUCUUGCCUUUAUUUAAUCAGUUUUGAUGUACUCAUGUUGUUUUUGUGAUGUCUUAUUUUUGUAUACUAGUCCUACUACUACUACUAAUAUCAUCUUCCUAAAGAUUCUUUCCAAAUUUCGAUCUUAUUAUAUAUGCUCAAUUAUUUUGUUUUAUAUCAUUAUUAUUAUUGUUGUUGUUGUUAUGAUUAAAGUUUUAUAUACAUCUGACUGUUGUCUUACAUAAAACAAUAUGCAGCACACAUGUAUCUGUUAUUUGAAGAAAAGUCAUUAACUCUUGUGGUGUGAGAGCAGGCUGCUAGCCGAUUGGUUGGCACUAAUCUACGUUAAGGUCUAGUCACUAAUAGGGCGUGAGAAAAUAUGAACAAGCCUGAGUCAACAACCAAUCACAGCAAAGUUAACGUGGCAGAAUAUGAUUCGCAGAGAGAACCAAUCAGAAGCCUGCGUUUGUCUACCUAAACAACCAAUCAGAUGACUGCGCUUGUCUAUAAUAAUGUAGUUGAAAGAUGUAUAAAUACGUGUUGAUUUUCAUAAUAAAACGAUCUGUUGCCUGG